AUGAGAGAUAAGCUUUAUCUCAAUUUUCAAGAUGUAUCUGUGUCGUGUCGUGUCUCUUACAGAUUCAUAAAGAAAAAUAGAGGUGGCAAGGUGGGAGGGUCAACGAUGGCAGUAAGGCAUCAUGGCAGUGGAGUGGUGGUAGUUGUCUCCGGAAGCAGUGACGAGGGACCGCUUCGGCCGUUUGUGACAUCGCCUUCAAUGGCGACUCGGGUAUCACCCUAUUGCUACCUCCUUGUGGGGAGGAGUUCUCCUCCAAAGGACCCUGUUAUGAUUAGAGUUGCUUGACAAUCUGGUAUGCCUUAUUUUCCCCUUAUUACACUUAGUUGUAUUUGAGUGGAUAUCGUGGUUGGAAUUUUUACUAGGGAGAUUAUAUUUGAUGUUAAUUUCUAAUCAAUAUCAGCUCUUCUGUAAGAAAUAGUUCAGGUACAGGGAAUAGAGUACUUGAAAAGGAAAAUAUUUAAACAUGAAAACAUUUCCAUUCCUGUAAUCAAAGACAAGUGACAUUCAACCAACAUUCUGUUCAGUAAUGGAAUUGAGAAGCACAACACACGAAAACUGCAAGAAUUUCGAAGACUAUAGCAGAUUAUCGCCCGACUACAUGACAUGGCACUAAGGU